AAGACCAAGCAAAGUACAGCCAAGUCAAAACAAAACCGUGAAAACAGUGGGGAAAAGAUUUGGGAGAAAUGGGGCUAUCUUGCUUCGCUUGCUUCGACGGUGGCAGCAAACGACAGAGACAGGAAGAGGAUAGAUUGGCCUCCGCCGAAGCGCGUGCCAAAGCCGCCGAAGCUGCCCAAAAACGGCAAGAGGAAUUUGAAAAAUCUGCUGCAGGUAGAGCUGCACGUGCACAGCUACAGGGGAUGGCAAAACAAUCUGCAAAUUCUAAUAAAGGCGAACCAGUCUUAAAGUGGCAGAUGGGUUGAUGUAAAGCUUGUGUCUGUGCGUCAGCAGAUUCUAUUGUGAGGAUUCAACCACGUCAUCCGCAUUUCCCGUUUCUCUCAUUCUGAAGACAAAUUGUUAAUAUCUUUGUAACAUAUUCCCAAUGAAAAGCUGUAAAUAUCUGUCAAGUUUGCUGUCACUUUUCAGAGCACAGAAAUAAUGUAAUGUUUGAACCCAACAUGAAGGGAGUUUAUGAAAUAUCUAUUUUUCUCCUUGCUCUUGUACAUAUUCAUAAAUUUAGUGUCAGCUGUCAACAUCUCAUUGUGAGGAGAAAAGAUAAUGCAAAUCAGAAAAUGAAAUGCUGAUGAUCCAUCCUCAAUGCACAACAUGGUAAUAAGCUAGUAUAGAUGCCAUUUUGAAUGUAAGAGCAUACAAGUUGAUUAAAAUUGAGCAAAUUCAAUUUAUUCGGCGCAUAAGUUUAUGGAAAAGAUGCUCUCAUUAGGUCGCUGGAACCCAGCAAGUCUUUGUGAACCCUCUUGGCGAGACUUUUAGUGCUAAUCAUCAAUUUUCAGUUGAAUAUCCAGUACGUUGACAGAAUGUUUAAAUUAUCAAUCAAGACAUAAUUUGUUUCAGAGCCUAGGCAGAAACAAAGAGAAAACAGAAGUUAGAAUGGAUAUUAAAUCUUAUUACAAAAUAAUAGUGGUAGACCUAGUGAUAGCAAUUAAGGAUUCUGGAAUUAAUCUAACUUGUCACUACGUUCCUGAAGGUGACCUUCCCCUUAUUAUACCUCCUCUUUGACUUACCCCUGUAAUUAGCGAGAGAAGCAAACUCAAUUAGCAGCUUUUUUGUUGUACAUUUUUGGGGGACCCUGAAAGCGUACGUGAACAGAAGCUAAUAGUGUGGACAAGCUGGAUGACUAUUAUUUUGAAUGAAUCCUCCAAGUGGACGUAACGGGACAAUCACGUUGGCUUUUGUAUUCGUCCCCAUGCCAUUAUGUGAAUAUGAUGAGUGGUAGCAAUUCCUGAAUUAUCAGUAUGAACUCUGAAGCGGAUUCCCACUUGCAUCACUCGAGCCCCAUUAUAAAUCCAGCCGUCCUCAAAAGAUUCACAUCCUAAGAUUCCAUCUCUCAUUAAUCAAAGAGAUCCCACAUUUUUCUAGAUAAAGUGAGGGAGAGCAAGAUGGUUAAAAAGAAUCAUGACAAUGGGAGAGAAGAUAAAGUUGAGUAUGAUUUAGAUGUGGAACAUGCAGAGUCCAACAACAACAUAUGCAAGAACCCUGGGAGAGAAGAAGAAGAAGAAGGAAAGGAUGAAACAGGAGGAGGAGAGUUAUCAGUUGAGCAGAUAUUUGAGAGCCAAGGUGUUCCAUCAUGGAGGGAGCAGUUGACAUGGAGAGCUUUUUGGGUGAGCUUUGUUUUGAGCAUAUUGUUUAGUUUUAUAGUGAUGAAGCUUAACCUCACAACAGGGAUUAUUCCUUCCCUCAAUGUUUCUGCUGGUCUAUUGGGAUUCUUCUUUGUAAGAACUUGGACAAAGAUCCUUGAAAAAUCUGGCCUCUUGAAGCAACCUUUUACCAGGCAAGAAAAUACUGUGAUUCAAACAUGCGUUGUUGCCUCCUCUGGCAUUGCCUUUAGCGGAGGCUUCGGGAAUUACCUGUUUGGAAUGAGCAAACUCGUUGCCCAACAAUCAGCAGAAGAUAAUGGGAGAGAUACUAAAGACCCUGCUUUGGGAUGGAUAAUUGCCUUUCUCUUUGUUGUUAGCUUUCUUGGUCUCUUCUCUGUUGUGCCUCUGCGGAAGAUCAUGAUCAUAGACUUCAAACUUACGUACCCAAGCGGAACUGCAACUGCUCAUCUUAUAAAUAGCUUCCACACACCUGAAGGAGCCAAGCUGGCAAAGAAGCAAGUACGAGAGCUAGGCAAGUUCUUUUCCUUCAGCUUCUUGUGGGCUUUCUUCCAAUGGUUCUUCAAAACCGAAGAUUAUUGUGGAUUUUCCAACUUCCCCACAUUUGGUCUCAAAGCUAGAGACAACAUGUUUUACUUUGAUUUCUCAGCAACCUAUGUAGGAGUAGGCAUGAUUUGCCCAUACAUCAUAAACAUAUCAGUGCUACUUGGGGGAAUUAUUUCGUGGGGUUUAAUGUGGCCUCUGAUAGAUACUAGAAAGGGACAUUGGUAUCCUGCAGAUUUGAGUCCCAAAAGUUUACAUGGUCUUCAAGGUUACAAGGUGUUCAUCGCUAUUGCCUUGAUUCUCGGUGAUGGUCUAUACAACUUCUGCAAGGUGCUAAGCCAAACUCUCACAAGCUUGUAUACUCAAUUCCAUGCCAAAAGCAACAGAAUAGAUCUCCCAGUUGCAGACAAUCCCUCUCCAAAGAUGAAGAAGCUCUCUUUCGACGAGCAGCGCAGGACCCAACUCUUUCUCAAAGAUCAAAUUCCAACAUGGUUUGCUGUUACAGGUUAUGUGACUGUUGCUGCCAUCUCCACUGCCAUUCUCCCACAUAUUUUUUCCCAGCUCAAAUGGUAUUACGUAAUAGUUAUCUACGUCUUUGCACCAACCUUAGCUUUCUGUAAUGCAUACGGCUGUGGGCUAACAGAUUGGUCCCUUGCAUCCACGUAUGGAAAACUUGCCAUUUUCACAAUUGGGGCAUGGGCUGGCGCCUCGCACGGCGGAGUCCUAGCUGGUUUAGCAGCAUGUGGAGUCAUGAUGAACAUAGUCUCCACAGCUUCUGAUCUCAUGCAAGAUUUCAAGACUGGAUACUUAACCCUGGCUUCACCUAGGUCCAUGUUUGUGAGCCAGGUGAUUGGCACAGCAAUGGGUUGUGUAAUUUCCCCUUCAGUCUUUUGGCUAUUCUACAAGGCCUUUCAUGACCUUGGGCUUCCAGACAGCGAAUAUCCUGUUCCCUACGCUGUCGUAUAUCGAAAUAUGGCAAUUCUGGGCGUAGAAGGCUUCUCAUCUCUACCAAAGAAUUGCCUUCUGCUUUGCUACUGCUUCUUUAGUGCAGCAAUUCUCAUAAAUUUAAUGAAGGAUUGGCUGGGGAAGAAGUGGGGAAGAUUUGUUCCACUUCCAAUGGCAAUGGCCAUACCUUUCUAUUUAGGGCCAUAUUUUGCCAUUGACAUGUGUGUUGGAAGCUUGAUUUUGUUCAUUUGGGAAAAAAUUAACAAGGCUAAGGCAGAUGCUUUUGCACCAGCAGUAGCUUCUGGUUUAAUUUGUGGAGAUGGGAUAUGGGCCUUGCCUAGUUCAAUUCUGGCUCUUGCAGGGGUUAAUGCUCCCAUUUGUAUGAGGUUUCUCUCCAGGAGGACAAAUAGUAAGAUUGAUCAGAUCAUAGGGCCACAGUGAGAAGGUCAGCUUGAUUAUAUUAUUAUACUACUGUAAAAUACUUUCAAUGUAUUUUGCUUCUUUUUCUUGCUGUUUUCUGGUGUUUCAAUGAACAUUGUACAUCUUAUUGCUUCGUAUGUAUAAAUUUAGAGCAAAAGCAACUUCCUCUCUC